UAUUUGGAAGUGUGUGCGUAAGUGAUAAUGCACGCAGCUGAUGAAUAUAAAAGGCGAUCGGAGAUCGAAGAGCUGCUUCAGUCAUGGAUUCGCUACGAAACGAUUUAGAUCCUCUGGUCCAGCUGAUAGUGAAGAGCGAGAACAUAGUCGAUCCGCAAGUGCAUAUCAAUGUUGGAUCGCAGAAGGGCGAUGGUUAUGUCGCUAUCGGCAAGGCUUUGGACAUCGUAGGGACAAACAAAACGGUAAAUCUGUUCUUGAAGCUGGCACCGGAAGGGGAGAAGGUACGAGAGUCCGGAGUUGUUCGAUCCGCUUUCGAGCAGGAGAUCACUUUCUACGAGGAGAUUAUGCCAAGCAUGAAGCGCUUCGAAACUGAAAAUGGUAUACAGGACACUUUCACGAGCGUCCCCAAAUGCUAUUGGUCCAAUUUGGAAGAGGGUAAAGAGACGAUCGCCAUGGAGAAUUUGAAGAAGGUCGGAUACGAAUUGUGGGAUAGGCAGAAGGUGAUGAAUCCCGAACAUAUCGAAUUCGUGUUCAAGGAGUACGCGAAAUUCCAUGGGAUUUCAUACGCGAUGAAGCGCAAAGAUCCAAAACUCUUCAACAGUCUGACGGCCAAACUGAACGAUUUACUUUACGAAUUCAUGGAUACUAUUAAGAUGAUCGAUUUCAUCGAAAAGAUGGCCAUGAAACUGAUCGACAUUUUCGAUCCUAUUGAAGAGAAGGAAAUCCGCGAAUGGUACGUCGACUUCGUGGAAAACACUCGUCAACAAUAUUGCGACGUUUUGAAAGUCGAUGAUCAGCACGUCAUCACUCAUGGGGAUUGCUGGUGCAACAACAUGCUCUUCAAAUAUAAGGAAAACGAUAAAACAGUGCCAGAACAAAUGCGACUGCUGGACUUCCAAGUAGUUCGUAAAGGAUCUUUAGUGCAAGACUUAUCUUACUUCUUCUAUACCGGAGCAUCAAAUGAAUGCAUUGAAAAUUACGAAUAUUAUUUGAAACUGUACCACAAACAUAUAAACCAGUACGUGCAACAGUACGAUGGUAUAACAGACGAAAUAUUAACAUAUGAAGAUUUGAUGAACCAAUGGAAGACCUUUAGCAAAUACGGCAUGAUUAUGACUAUCCUAGUUAUCAAGCUUAUGCUCAGCGAAAGUGAAGAGAGGAAAGAUAUGUCAGAUAUGAGCGAAAACUCCGAAACAUUGUUUGAAUUUUUCGAUUUUGAGGGAAAGAACGAUAGGGAAUACAGACGGAGAGCAAAGAUAGUCAUAGAGCAUUUUUACAAAAACAAAUUUGUCAGUUUGGAUUUCAAUAAGAUUACUCCGGAGGCGAUGCGUCUCUUGGACUUUCAAAUAGUGCGUAAAGGAUCUUAUGCGCAGGAUCUUUCCUAUUGCUUUUACACUGCAUCGUCCAAAGAGAUGAUAGAUAACUACGAAUAUUACUUGAAACUUUACGUGAAACAUUUUAACGAGUACGUUCAGCAGUACGGAAUUGACGACCCGUUGAGUUACGAGGAUUUCUUGGCCCAAUGGAAGAAGUACAGUAAACACGGCUUAUUUAUGUCUAUCAUCGGUAUUAAAAUCAUGAUCUGCGAGAGCGAGGAGAGGAAGGAUUUCACCGACAUGGACGAUUCUGCUGAUAUGUUCGAUUGCUUUGAUUUCGAAGGAAAGAACGACGCGGAGUACAGAAGAAGGAAUGGAGCUGGUAUCAGUUUAGUGAUGGCUUUGCAACAAGAAGUUUUGGAUCUUCUCGUGAGAGAAGUGGCAGAUGUUGAGGAGAUCUAUGAUCCUCAGGUGCAAAUCUAUAAAGGAUCAUCAAAAGGAGAUGGUUAUGUCACCGUCACCAAAUCAUUGGAAAUCGCCGGAAAGAACAAAACGGUCCAUCUAUUCAUUAAAAUAGCGCCGAGCGGAGUGAUGAUGCGUAAGAGCGGUAUGAUCCAAGCGGUCUUCGCACAAGAAAUCCUCUUCUACGAGAAACUAAUGCCAACACUGAUAGAGUACCAAAUCGACAACAACAUUCAAAAUAGUUUCAUGAGCGUACCAAAACCCUUUUGGUGCUGCAGCGAAGAAGGUAAAGAGGUGAUUGCUUUGGAGAACUUGAAAAUUGCUGGUUACGAACUGUGGGAUAGGCAUAAGGCCAUGAACCGCGAGCACAUCGAAUUCUUGUUCAAAGAAUACGCGAAAUUCCACGGAAUAUCUUAUGCAAUGAAAUACAAAGAUCACGAUGGAUUUGAAAACCUCACUUCCGAUAUCAAGGAUUUGUAUGCGGUAUUUGUGGACAUAAUCAAAUUUGAUGAAUUCGUCGAGAAAUCGUGCAAGGAUUUAAUCAAUAUUUUCGAUGAAGUCAACGAUAGAGACAAGCACGAUUGGUACGCGAAUUUCGUUAGAAACGUCCGGAAACAUUAUGAAGAUGUGUUAAAAAUCGACGAAAAAUGUGUGAUAACUCACGGCGAUUGUUGGUCCAAUAAUAUGCUUUUUAAGUAUAAGGAUAACGACUAUACAGUACCGGAAAGCAUGCGGUUAUUGGAUUUCCAGCUGGUUCGUAAGGUAUCCCCGGUUCAGGAUCUUUGUUACAUCUUUUAUUCUGGAGCGACGAACGAAAUCCUAGAGAAUUACGAGUAUUACUUAAGAUUGUAUCAUAGAUACUUGAUGGAGUAUUUGCGGCAGUAUAAAAUAACCGAAGAAGUAAUUAGUUAUGAGGAUUUGCUAGAUCAAUGGAAGAAGUACAGUAAAUUUGGUUUGAUCAUGUCCAUAAUUGUCAUCAAAGUUAAGCUCACCGAUAGCGAUGAAAGGAACGACAUGAACGAUGGCACGGAUAGCGUCUUGGAUUGUUUUAACUUUGUUGGUAAGAAGGAUCAUGAAUAUAAGCGUAGGAUUAAAAUGAUAUUGGAACAUUUUUACAAAAAUAAUCUGAUUUCACCGCUAAGCAAUUGA